AUGGCUUCUAUGAAGAAUGCAAACAGAGAUUCACCUAUUGCGUCAAUUGUGUGCAUGUUGCUGAUCUCAUUGACGAAGAGAACUUGUGUAUGCACGGAGGAUUGUCACUGGAACUGGAUAUUUGGGAGUGAAGGAUGGUCUGAUAGUGAUCAACGUAUUUCCUGCACAUUUGGAGUCGAUGUAGUCGCUGAGUUCUUGGAUCAGAAGGAUCUUGACCGCAGUGGAAGAUUGGUACAAGUUCUUCUCAAAACAAAGAUUAGUCACGAUAUUCUCUGCGUCAAACUAUGGUCGAGAGUUAUCAUUAAAGUCAGGACUAUCCACGUAAAAGUGCACAUUGUUCAUUAA